UUUUACGUUUCUGACGUGCCAUUGCAGCGUACGCACGUUUGACCAAUCAGAGACAUUGUGCGUCAAAACACUUCCGCUUUGCUCUCCAACCUGCCUUUCCACCAGAGCGCCCGGUGUGAGCAGAUAGUCCAGGACCGAACACCACGUAGCCCGUAGGCUAAUAAGAGACUGAAAGAUGCCACCAAAAAAGACAGAAGCCCCCAAACCACCUCCCUUAAUCGGACGUUUUGGAACCUCUUUGAAAAUUGGAAUAGUUGGAUUACCUAAUGUUGGGAAAUCUACCUUUUUCAAUGUGCUGACUAAAAGCCAAGCAGCUGCAGAAAACUUCCCGUUCUGCACAAUUGAUCCAAAUGAGAGCAGGGUGCCUGUACCUGAUGAGCGCUUUGAUUUCCUCUGCCAAUACCACAAGCCAGCCAGUAAGGUCCCAGCUUUCCUAAAUGUUGUGGACAUUGCUGGUCUUGUAAAGGGAGCUCAUUCAGGACAGGGACUUGGAAACGCCUUCCUGUCCCACAUCAGUGCAUGUGAUGGUAUCUUCCAUAUGACUCGUGCAUUCGAUGAUGAGGACAUCAUCCAUGUGGAGGGCAACGUCGACCCCGUGAGAGACAUUGAGAUCAUCCACGAGGAGCUGCGGCUAAAGGACGAGGAGAUGAUCGCGCCAAUCCUUGACAAACUGGAGAAAACGGCCGUCAGAGGAGGAGACAAAAAACUCAAACCUGAAUUUGACAUCAUGUUGAAGAUAAAGAACUGGGUGGAGGAGGAGAAGAAACACAUCAGGUUUUACCACGACUGGAAUGACAAAGAGAUUGAGGUACUUAACAAAUACCUGUUCCUGACCUCAAAGCCUAUGAUCUACCUGGUCAAUCUCUCAGAGAAAGAUUACAUCAGAAAAAAGAACAAAUGGCAGGUUUUCCCUCCAUUACAUGUGCUGACCAAAAUAAUAAAGACGGGCUACGCGGCGCUGCAGCUGGAGUAUUUCUUCACAGCGGGGCCAGACGAGGUGCGAGCGUGGACCAUCAGGAAAGGGACCAAGGCUCCCCAGGCUGCAGGAAAGAUCCACACUGACUUUGAGAAAGGCUUUAUCAUGGCUGAGGUGAUGAAAUACAGUGACUUCAAAGAGGAGGGCAGCGAAACUGCAGCCAAGGCUGCUGGAAAGUACAGACAGCAGGGCAGGAACUACACUGUGGAGGACGGUGACAUAAUUUUUUUCAAAUUCAAUACUCCCAACGCACCCAAAAAGAAGUAAUGGGACCACACGGUGAACGGGGGAGUAACUCAGAGUACAGUUCAGUCAGGGAGGACCUGUAGAGCUGCACACUGUCUGCUGGGUUUCAUUCUUUCCUUUGCGGUUUGGAGAAUAAUCUUUGGUUUGAGUGAAGAGUUCUCUUUGAUGAAAUCAAAAUUAUUUCUCAGAUUUUCAAGCCAAACCUUUAUUGGAACAAACUAUACUUUGUUUUUUAUAAUGUCAAGACACUUUUCAUUAUUUUCAUAGCUCAUGGUGCCACUUUUGGUGGGUUUUCCUCUUUUUUCUGCAUUAGUUCAAGUAUUAGAAACCAUAUCAUCUGUCAUUAGUUGACCCCAAUUUAUUUUUUUUUAUCCUAAAAGUGUUAAACUCAUCUUAAGAUGAAUUAAUUUCAAGGUUUUAAGUCUACUACAAAUUAAAUCAAAUUUAAGAAAAGUAUUGAAUACAUGGUCUGAGAGUUUCUCCCGAACUUGUUCCUUCAAAGAAAAGAAUGAAAGCCAUCACUGUGUUUUGCUGGGAUCAGAGCUCAACUGUACAAUGAGCUGGAGAUGUUGUUUUAUAAAAGAGCAAGGCAGGCCGAGCUGACAGUGCCUGAUCGGACCCCUGAGCUUAAUUCAGAUUAUAUACAAUGCUUUUAUUGACUUUUGGGUUAGUUAAAAUUGUGGAAGACCUGGACUGCACAACUACAAAACAGCUUCACAACCUCACUUCAUUCAUUAUUUAGUCACCAUGGCCUCAAGGCACACUGGACUAAAGUUUGAAUCUUUUAUCUGAAGGGAGCAAAGGAAGAACAAAUGUCAUCCUCAUCAAUAUGCACGUGUCAAUAAAAGGAGAAAAGUC